AGCUUCCCGGGAGCACAGAGACGCAGUGGCCUGGGUGAUCCUCCCCAACCACCAGGCUUGGAAAGAUCACCCUCUCCCGGGAUCCCCGGAGACUGCCUGCAAUCAGCAGUGCCCAGUCAUGGAGUUCGCCUGGCUGGACACGAGCUGGGCGAGGCCCUUUUACCUGGCGUUCGUGUUCUUCUUGACCCUGGGGCUGCUGCAGGCCAUCAAGCUCUACCUGCGGAGGGAGCAGCUGCUGCGAGAUCUGCGCGCCUUUCCCGGUCCAACCCCGCACUGGUUCACCGGGAACCAGAAGUUAGUUCUGGAUGGCAACUUGGAGGAACUUGAGGAGGUUGUUGGAAAAUACCCGUGUGCCUUUCCCAUCUGGCUUGGGCCUUUUCAGGCAUUUUUCUAUAUCUGUGACCCAGACUAUGCAAGGACAUUUCUGAGCAGAACAGAUCCCAAGUCCAAGUACUUAUACAAGUUCUUGAUUCCAUUAAUCGGAGAAGGACUACUGAACCUAAAUGGGCCCAUGUGGUUCCAGCACCGACAUCUAAUAACUCCUGCAUUUAAUUUUAAUAUUUUGAGAUCCCAUGUCAAUGUGUUGACCCAGACUGUGAACAUAAUGCUGAGUAAAUGGGAGAAGAUGUGCGGCACUCAAAAUACACUUGUGGAGGUCUCUAGGGACAUCAGCUUGAUGACUCUGGAUACACUCAUGAAAUGUACCUUCAGCAAAGAGACCAAUUGCCAGAUAAACAGCUCCCAUGAUGAAUAUGUCAAUGCACUAUCUGAAGUUUCCAAAAUUAUCUCUAAAUGCUUGUACACUUCCUUGCUUCACUAUGACAUGAUUUUCAAAUUCACCACAGCUUACCGCCGCCUACAGAAGAUAGCCAACAUUCUGAAUCAGUACACAGAGCUGAUUAUCCAAGACAGAAGGAAAUCCUUCAAGGAUAAGAAGGAACAGGGUAACACUGAGAAAAGGAAGUAUCAGGAUUUUCUGGAUGUUAUCCUUUCUGCCCAGGCUGAAAAUUACAACAUCUUCUCAGAUACCGACCUGCACUCUGAAGUGAACACAUUCAUGGUGGCAGGGCAAGACACCGUAGGAGGGGCCAUUGCCUGGCUGCUUUACCACCUGGCUCAGAACCCUGAGCAUCAGAAGAGAUGCCGGGAAGAGAUCAGGGGCAUCCUGGGGGAUGGAUCUUCUAUCACCUGGGACCAGCUGGGUGAGAUGUCAUAUACCACAAUGUGUAUCAAGGAGUCACUCCGACUGACACCUACAGUCACAGCCAUUUCCAGAGAACUCAGGAAGCCCAUAAGCUUCCCAGAUGGACGCUCCUUGCCUGCAGGAAUGACAGUGGUUCUCAGUAUAUGGGGUCUUCACCACAACCCUGCCAUCUGGGAAAACCCCAAGGUUUUUGACCCCUUGAGGUUUUCUCCAGAGAAUUAUAGUAAGAGACACACCCACUCCUUCUUGCCAUUCUCAGCUGGACCAAGGAACUGCAUUGGGCAGCACUUCGCCAUGAUUGAGUUAAAGGUGGCCAUUGCCUUGAUUCUACUCCGCUUCAAGGUGGCUCCAGACCCCACCAGGUCUCCUUCCCCCUCAGUUCAGGGUCUCCUGAAACCCAAGAAUGGGAUCCAUUUGUACCUGAAAAAAAUUUCCUAAUAUGAGAGCUCAGGGUACAAUGAUUAUGUAUAUUUUAUUUUAAAGUUAAGUUAUGAUUAAUGCUAUAAAAACAUUGAGAGGAAUCAA